AUGCCUGCAGAGGCCACUGAUACCGCUCCCCACAACCCACCCAUUAUACCGCCAGAUUCGCCCAAGCCAAGCAUCAUUGUUGAUUCCUCCAAUUUGAUAGAUCCGUCACAACAACAACAACAACAACAGCAAAAGAAUAGAUUGAAUAACAACGUUUCUUUCAUGCAUAACAAUCCUCAUGUCAAACCUGGAGAUAGAGACGUGCCAAAGACAGGCCCUUUGCACCAUCGUUUGAAGAAUGCUCCCAUAGAUCAGAUCCCCAUCAGCAAAGCACCUCGUAGACAGAAAUCAUCUAGAUUCUACGUUACUGAAAAAGUGCAAUUGGAGCCAACACCCGCCUUUCAUGAAGUACCUAGUCAUAUGCGCCCUGAUUUAUUCAUCCAAAAGAUCAAGCAAUGUACUGUGGUGUUUGAUUUUAGUGAUGCGUCUGCUGAACUGCGAGAAAAGGAGAUUAAACGUCAAACAUUGCAAGAGAUCUUGGAUCACAUUUCCAUGAAUAGAGGCGUUUUAACCGAGAAUGUGUACCCAGAGAUCAUCAACAUGUUUGGUGUCAAUCUCUUUCGUCCUAUUCCCCCUCAAGUUAAUCCUGUGGGUGACGCAUUUGAUCCCGAGGAAGAUGAGCCUGUUUUGGAACUAGCCUGGCCUCAUCUACAAACUGUGUACGAAUUCUUCUUGCGAUUUCUCGAGUCGCCUGAAUUCAACAUCAAUUUUGCCAAAAAGUACAUUGACCACAAGUUUAUUCAUCAGUUGCUGGAUCUCUUUGAUUCCGAAGAUCCCAGAGAACGUGAUUAUCUAAAGACAACGUUGCAUCGAAUAUACGGCAAGUUUUUGAACCUGCGUGCCUUUAUCCGUCGAUCCAUCAACAAUAUAUUCUUUCAAUUCAUUUACGAGACCGAGAGACACAAUGGUGUUGCUGAAUUUCUGGAAAUUUUGGGAAGCAUCAUUAAUGGCUUUGCUCUGCCUUUGAAGGAAGAGCACAAACUAUUCUUGUCAAGAGUGUUGGUGCCAUUGCACAAGGCAAAAUCAUUGGCGCUCUAUCAUCCUCAAUUGGCUUAUUGCGUAGUGCAAUUCUUGGAAAAGGACCGAACUCUGACUUAUGAGGUGGUUACAGGUCUUUUGCGCUAUUGGCCCAAAGUCAACAGCUCAAAAGAGGUCAUGUUUCUGAAUGAAAUAGAAGAGAUUCUUGAUAUUGUGGAUGUACCUGAAUUUCAGCAGAUCAUGUGUCCCUUAUUCACCAAACUAAGUCAAUGCGUUGCUAGUUCUCACUUUCAAGUAUCCGAGAGAGCCUUGUACUAUUGGAACAAUGACUAUGUAGUCAGUCUGAUGGCUGAAAAUAUAAAGGUGAUCAUGCCCUUGAUAUUCCCCACAUUGUACAAGACAUCAAAAACGCACUGGAACAAAACUAUUCUCAGCUUGGUAUACACUGCGCUGAAGCUAUGCAUUGACAUUGAUCCAGCUUUGUUUGACGAAUGUGCCAAUGAAUACAAGAAUCAGAGACAACUAGAGCGUAAACAUCAAAAGGAACGAGAGGACAACUGGAGACAUUUACAGCAAAAGGUAGAGAGAAUGAGUAGUGCAUCACAGCACAAUACAUCUGAGGUCCCAUGUAGAAUGGAAGCUGGGGAGGAGGAAAAGGAAGAGUACAACACAAAUUCAGACUAUCACAGAGCUGAUAGUCCAAGUGAUGAUUGCUUUGCUGAACUAGAAGAACUAGACAUCUCGGAUGGCCUAGACGGAAGUGCGGCUGAUUAUCAGCAGACAGGAGAACACAAGGAUGAUAUUCAUCCAGACAUGCAGCAAUUUGACGUCCCACCUGCGCAAUAUCAAUCUUUCAGACGCAAAUCCAUUAUACCAGUAGAUGAGACGGUCUUUAAUGAGCUAUCUCGUCAUGUCAGUCUUGAUGAAGUCCUCAAUCAAGCACCUGGUGCAGCAUCUCAAAGCAUGUCAUCUUGA